CGACCCCAGUUGGAUAUGCUCUUGAUGUCAACGAACAUAUCACAUUUAUCGCUUCGGAAAUCACAGAAAGUACGUACAUCCUUUUGUUGAUUGUUAUGGGUUGUGAGUAUGGUUAGCAUCCUCGUGGAUGCAAUUUUCCACAUUUUAAGAGCGGACACUAAUGAAAGUAAAUGUAAACACGAAGAGAAACAUCUAUUCACUCUCAAGGUUUGGCAAAGUAAAAACUAAUCCCUCCCCUCGCCCUCUCCACCCGCCACGAGGACUUAAAAGAAUCUCUGAGCACUUUACCACUUGAGGGGGGCCUUGUCUCGAUACCCGAUUAAAUCCUGUCCGGACAAGACCUACUCCUACCUGGGGGAAUAAUUGGACCCCCAAAUAAAGUAUUGACUUGUGUCGACGCUGAAGUCUUGCUCUCUAGCGCUACAAGGUGGGCCUCGUACAAUCUCCCGCCUUCUGGGGCACUCCAAAACGCGCCGGAUCAUUAUAGAGAGCAUCUGCACUCAGUAACGACGUCGGACGUCCACUUGGUUCAAUCAUACACCACAAGCCUCCCGACGUGGUUGGCUUCCACGUUCCGGUUCACCGGGUUAGAGCGGCGGACCGGCGCUUCACUUGAGCAUCCGCACGACGGCCAUCUCGCCGUCAGUCAGUCCUUCGAAGCACCACGUCGCCAAAGAAGUCGUCUCACGGACUGACAGUAAUCUCGUCAGUCAUCGAGAGUGUAUAUACUAUGGUAUAUAAUUACGUCGAUUGCUUACUAAUAUAACGUCUCGAUGGGCGAGGACGGAAUUGUACGUACGGACGGCCAGGAGAUGGCACCUUGGCACAUUCCUCCCAUCUCCCACCGGAGCAGAGACGCUGUUCCCUUCUCGACGACACAGGGUUAAGGAGUUUAAGGAGGGUGGUCUGCGACCGGUCCAACUGCAUUGUACAUCGUGUAUAACUCGGGUCGGUCACCACUCGGCACCGCGUGGAAGGGGUCGCUGGUCGCUGGUCGCGAAGCGUUGCGACGACCGGCGAAUGCUAGUGGCAGACGGCAGCGACAGUGGAGGGGGAGGCAUGCCUCGGCAUUCGGGACGAGACGAGGGAUCUCGAGCCUCCUCGAAGCCACUGAUUGCCGGAAUUGCGAGUCACGUGUGCUGACAGAGGUCGAGGCCCUCCGUGAGCUGAUCGAGGGGCGGUGCUGCUGCUGCAGGUCUAGAACUGUCUACGCGACGGCAGUAAUCCGCUGACCUCCUGCUCCUCCAUCUGCUGCCCUGGACAGCAUCCGGAUCGCAGGUGCAUGCGGGCGCAAGGGAAUGAGGGAAUGGAGGCAUGGAGGGGGUUUCCCAGUAUUCCACUGUUUCCAAGUGGAUGCGUUCGGGAGGGGAAGGUGUUCGUGGGGACGGAUAGAGAGAGAGAGCGCGCAUCUGGCGACAGGAGUCAAGAAUUUUGGCUCUCUCGUGGCCCGGAGCCCGGAUUCGUCUUCUCCCGAUCGAGGAUGGAUUCGUAGGAGCAGUUGCGCGUCGAGAUAAGUAGCGCCUCGAGAGUUGCACAUUGUAUGCUGCUGCUGCUGCUCCGUGCCAGGCAUUUCACAGCUUCUCGUCGUGGGAUCGCGAGUGACCGGAGCGACGAGGCAGCUGACGGUCACUCUACUCUCUGCAGCUAUGGACAUCGCUCGGCCCGUCUUGGGGGUCGAGGGUUGAUUGUCAUGAGAGCAGUUGCCGAGAGCCGAGGGCCGAGAGCCGAGAGGAGCAGUUGUGAGAUUCGGGGAGCAGAGGCCACACGUUGUUGGAGUUGGCCAGGCUUGCAGAUCCGCUCGACGAUCGCGUGGCUUUCGACGAGUGGGAGGGAGGGAGGGAGGGAGGGAGGGAGGCCACGGUUUCCUGUACACCGAGCUCCGAGCCAAGACUCCUGGGGCAGAAGGUUUUGUAACGACGCCUUCGUAACCCCCACGCGACAAGAUCAUCGGGCAAGAAUGCGGCCCUUCACAUUCAUCCGCCCGAUUCGAAGGAGCUCAAAUAUAUUCACUUAAAUGGAUGACACUCGGGCCACCUGAACCACCCAACGAGCCAUUCUGCUGCUGGUGUAUGGCAAGACUGGGCUCCGGGUGUAUUCGUUGAGCUCGGAGAUUUCGAGCAGGCAUCGAACAGCUUGUCUUCUUCAGCUCUGCCGCGCUCAAUUUGAGGCCGUUCUUUCUCCUUCUUGUUCUCCAUCUGGGGUUUAGGGCCUUGUCUUGGCGUUGUCCGUGCGAAGGCCGCAGCCGGAGGCAGAGACCACACUACUGCGCGCAGUGUCAAUUGAACAACCUGCUCAGGAUUCGAUCUCCGCAUUUCGUCGCGACGAUAGCAGAACGAUGUCCUCGCCAUGUCCGGCAUGAGACGAGGGCGACAUGUCCGUUUCUGUGAUAUAGAAGCCGUGGAGGAGUGACGAGCGAGCGAGAGAACGAAUCGUAGAAGGGAGCACAGCUGCGAGCGGAAUGGGAACUGAUAAUCAGAAAGAUUAUGACGCGAUCAAGGGGAGGAGGUUUCCGCAGCACAUGCUCCUCCUGAUACUGUUCGCAAUUUUGGGCACCAACGUCGUAAUCCUGUACGCGUUUUCGAACCGCUGCAAUCACCAGGACAGCAGUGGGUACAAUGGUCCCGAGGUAUUCGAGAGCAGUAAGAUGGGCAGGAUGCUGGCUGGCAACGGCAGCCGCAACGAGGUGAUCCAGAGCUACGAGAAGGAGAUUGCCCAAUUGAGGGCCGAGCUCAAGAGCCUGCACCAGGGCACCGAGCGACUCAUUCUGGACCGCACUCAAGCAAUUUUUGACGAGCUCAUGGCCAGGCCGGCCUCGUGCGGUGGCGGAGAAGGAGGAGGAGCGCAGUAUGGCCGAGACCCCAUCGACAACCCGUUCCUGGAGUGGUCCAUAGGCGUGCAGAACCGAGAGUUCGAGCGGUAUGUGGAGCCCCGGAAACUUCCAUUGGGAUGGAGCGGCACUCUCAUGAGGGACACCAUAAUUUCGCCCGUGGGCCACGGCUGCGCGAAGAUGAAGGCGGAGCUGGAUCAGUACAUGAAGUACAGAGUGGGGGACGAGUGCCCCGACGAUGAGGCCAUGACUCAGAAGCUUCUGGUCGGAGGCUGCGAGCCUCUGCCGAGGCGGAGGUGCUUCUCGCGCAUUCCCAUCAAUUACACCGAACCCUAUCCUCUUCCGGACUCGCUGUGGAAGGCUCCCGGCGAUGGCGGAGUCAUCUGGACGGCGCACACUUGCAAGAGCUUUGAGUGCUUGAGGAACCGGGUCAAGGAGAAGCAGUUCGCGGACUGCCUCGAUUGCUUCGAUCUGGAGGCCAGGGAGAAGACUCGGUGGGUCGCCUCGGGAGGCGAGCUGGACUUCUCGGUCGACGAUGUGCUGAAGGUAAAAAAUGGGACCAUCCGAAUCGGGCUCGAUCUGGGAGGAGGGACGGGCACCUUCGCCGUGAGAAUGAAAGAAGCCGGCGUCACCAUCAUCACCACCACCCUCAAUCUGAACGGCCCUUUCAACAAUUUCGUGGCACUGCGGGGAGUCAUUCCCAUGUACAUGACGGUGACUCAGCGGCUUCCCUUUUUCGACAACACGCUGGACAUCGUUCACUCCAUGCAUGUGCUGAGCAACUGGAUUCCCACGGUCAGUCUGGAGUUCAUCCUUUACGAUAUCGAUAGGAUUCUUCGACCCGGAGGCCUCUUCUGGUUGGAUCACUUCUUCUGCGUCAGAUCUCAACUGGCCACGUACGAGCCCAUGCUGAAAAACCUCGGCUACAUCAAAUUGAAGUACCACGUCGGAGACAAGGUCGACAGGGGCCGAGAGUUGCAGGAGGUGUACAUUUCUGCGCUUCUGAUGAAACCGACAAGAAGAUUUUCCACCAACUGAGCAGCCCUCGGGAGCUAUCGGUAUCGUUCUCCCUGGUUAUCAUCGACACUGCUCGCUACUUCAUUGGUUCUCGAGCUCUCGCUUCACAGCGACGAGCUUGCCAGCCUCUGCCAUGAGCCGUCCACAAGUCGAUUAAUCUCAACCGAGCAGAGGCUAGUUCCAUUCCAUAUUUGCCAUGAUGCCACAGCCUUCGAGUUCGGAGUGGAGAAUAAGGUCACUACCGAACUGCCAAUCCACAAGCGGCUUGGGUGGAGAUUAUAGCGGCCAAGAAGAUUGUGAUGAGAGCUACGACUCUUCGAAGCCUCUCCACGAAAUUGCCAGAGACCUUCGUCAUAUUGCUGUCAAUAAAGAGCUGUUCUGUCCCUUACAAUACAGAGCCAAAUUAACGGAUUCUGGGAACUGAGAUGUCUGGAUCUGUAGAUCGAUCCCAUUAAGUGCUUCCGAUUAGCUUGGACUGCAGCGGGUAGACUUAAUGCUAACUUUUGAAUUCCAGAAUUCGAGCAGGAAUCCCUGAUAGUCCGCCGACGAACCAAGGAAGAUGUAAAUAGCUGGACAUUGUUUUAGGACAUCAGCCCUAGCACAGGCUGCCCUGUAAUGACGAAUCCCCGCUAGCGACAGUCUGCACGGAUCAGGUGAAUUCGCAGGAAAGGCCUUGUGAAAGUUUAUCUGUUGUUUACUUUGUUAUCUUACGUUUCAACGUUGAGACUUGCUAAGGAUCAAGAUAGAUCAAGCUUCCAUGGGAGGUGCAGUUAGAAGGGGGCAUGCUCGAACCUGAUGUAUGAUUCUGCCGAGUCUUUCUAUAAAAAUGUUUCCUGCCGCUUCACUCCAUUGACUGGACGCUCAAAGAGCGAUUUUUCUUUCGAGCUUCACAAAGCGGUAGCUCUAGAAUUGCUGCACUCGUCAAGACUCGUCCAUGUCAAUAACAAGAGCGAGAAUCCCCUCCGUCCAUUUCUUCAAGAGUACAACACGCACCGAGCGAGGAGGCAGAGUCGAUCCCUACAACGCAACAAGAGCCUCGGAAGCUGCCAGCUCCUGAAUCAAGGUGUUCAGCUACACGGCAGGGUCUUUCGCUACUCAUCACACCGGUCAACGUUGUGAGAUUUCGGAUUGGAUUGUUUUCCAUCUAAUUUCGGCAUUCUCAUCCCCGUUGAUCCGCUUCAAACCAUAAACCCAAG